GAGAAGGAAAGAGAAGCCAUCAGGUAUGCUGUGGUGCCGAGGAGAAUGAAAGGUAUUCAGGAAAAACACCGAGGUCUUCCCUACGGCUCGGAGGAAGCUUACACUGCAGACGGAGUGAAAUACUACAUCAAGGCUAUAACGCUGGAUGAUAAUGAUGGAUCUGCUGUAAGCCUCUUUCAGAUGGGAUUAACAGAACGAGAAGAGGCGGUGGAUAAAGAUUCCCCACGUCACGUGACCCAGACGACCUCGUGGAGCCCUCCCGGGUUGAGCAGCGGCGCCCCAGAGCUGACGCCUCCGCCUCCGCCUCAGGAGACCUUAGAGGUGGAGGAAGAGCGUGAUGGAGAGGCAGCGGAGCAGAGACAGAACCCGACCACAGAGACGAAGAUGUAGGAGCAGAGCCUCCAUCCGUCCCCUCCUCCAUUAUUACUGCAGUCA